AUGAUUGUCAACAAGAAACUGGACCGCUUCAAGCAAUGGGCGGGGGAGCGCAUGGGAGGCGAAGUCCGGACCAACGCGUCCGACGACUUCAAGGCGCUCGAGCAGGAGAUGACCGUUCGUUCUGACGGAAUGGACAACUUGCACAGGUCUAUGAGCGCCUACGUCAAAUGGCUGUCCAAGCGCAACGAUGCGGGGGACAAGGAGAAAUACACGCCUGUGGGCUUCUUGGGUGCCACCAUGAUCAGCCACGGCGAGGACUUUGAUCCUGACUCCGAGUAUGGAGCUUGUUUGUCGACGAUGGGCCGCUCCCACGAGAGAAUGGCGCGCGCGCAGGAGACGCUCCUUGCCGAUUCCACCACCAGCUGGCUGGAGUCCCUCGAACGCAACCUUGCCCAGAUGAAGGAAUACAAUGCGGCCCGCAAGAAGUUGGAGCAGCGUCGCCUUGCCUACGAUACUGCCCUGGUGAAGAUGCAGAAGGCCAAGAAGGAGGAUUUCCGUGUUGAGGAGGAGCUCCGCUCCCAAAAGGCUAAAUACGAGGAGGCUAGCGAGGACGUCUACCGCCGCAUGGAGGAGGUCAAGGAGGCCGAAAGGGACAACGUCGAAGAUUUGACUGCAUUCUUGGAAGCCGAGUUGGCUUAUCAUGACAAGUGCCGGGAGGUUCUUAUGCAGUUGAAGCGGGACUGGCCUGCUCGCUCAGCUGGAUCUUCUGGAACCAGCCGCCGUGGCCCCAGGUCUCGCUCCAACACGGCCCAUUCUUACGACCGCUACCAGGAGGAAGAGGAACCGCCCAUGCCCGAGCCCAAGCUUACCAUUCCCAAGCUUGGUGCUCGCGGUGUCUCUCCUCGCCGUGACUACGCCGAAGACUCUCCCAAGCGUCCGUCUAUCAGCCGCACCAACACCACCGGCACAUUCGAGGGACCUUCCCGUCGUGGCGACGACUCCCCGGGAGGCAUGCCUCGACUUUCUCGUGUUCCUACGGACUCAUCCUCCAUUACCGCUAGUCGCAACAACUUGAGGCCGGUGCGCAGCCGCGGCGGCGACGACUACGACGAUGAUGACCGCAGUCACAGUCCUGGAAGAUCUUACGGUAGAGACAGGUCCGUUUCUCCGGCGCCCAUCCGAUCUGCUAGCUGGGCCGCUGAGGCCACUUCUCCGGCGAGUGGACGGAAGGGACCGCCGCCGCCACCACCCUCUCGUGCGAAGAAGCCUCCGCCACCUCCGCCGCCGAUGAAGAAGAGCGGCUUGAGUUCAUCGGAGGUGUCCCAGUACUAA